AUGGGGCAGAUGGUGGCCCGGCCCUUCUUCUUAUCAGCAGCACUGGACGGCCGCCCCGGGGACCGGGUGAAUCUCUCCUGUGUGGGGGUCUCGCAUCCCAUCCGCUGGGCCUGGGCGCCGAGUUUUCCGGUGUGCAAGGGUCUGUCCAAAGGCCGCCGCCCGAUCCUGUGGGCCUCGGCGGGCGCGACCCCCACCGUGUCUCCGCUCCAGCCCUUCGCGGGCCGCCUCCGCGCCCUGGACGCGGGCAUUCGACGGCUGGAGCUGCUCGUGAGCGCCGGGGACUCGGGCACCUUCAUCUGCAGGGGCCGCCAAGAGGACGAGAGUCGGACGGUGCUUCACGUCCUGGGGGACGGGCCCGACUGCGGGGCUCCGCGGGCGACCCAAGGGUCCGUGUACACCCAGCUCCUGAUCGCAGUGCUGGGCGCGGGGCUGCUGCUGGGACUCGGGGCGCUGGGCUUGGCCUGCUGGUGGCGCAGGCGCUGGGCCCCGCACGCGCUUCCACCACACCCCCGAUUUGCUCCACUCACGGAAGAGCCCCAGAGGCCAGUAAAGGAGCAGGAGGAGCCUAAGUUUCCGGGGUACCUGGACCCGGAGCCGAGCCUGCACUACGCAGACCUGGAUCAGAUGGCCCUCAGGAGGUCCUGUCGCUUGUCCCCCGCUGCCCCUGCUGAUGCCUCCACCAUCUAUGCCAUUGUGGUUUGACGGGAAGCCCUUACUCCUGCCGCAACCCUCUUCUUGGCUCCCCACUUGGCAAAAGAAAGCCUCCCGGGAUAGAAAUGAGCAGCAAACUGGGGGCCAGGAGCUUGGGCUUCAGGCCUCUGACCUUGCUUCUCCCGUUGUCCCUACCCUGUAUAGCUUCCAUGUCUUCUUCACCUUGGUUUCCUUUACUACUAAGACAUCAACAACUCAAAAAUAGUUGCCCCAUCUGUUUCUUCUUCCUGCCCCCACACCCCACAGUAAAACUCUUAGAACCUAGAGACCUCUUAUUCCCACCACCCCACUUUUCACUUACUGAAACUGCUCAUCUGCCCUCUGUCGGGUUGCCAAGGACGUAAUGGCCACUCCCAGGAGACAUUUUUAGCAUUCAUCUGGCUUGACUUGGCUUGGAUUGCGCUCAAGUCAAACUUUGGGGGGUGCUGGAGAGGUAGUACAGUACCUGGGUUUGGUCCU